CGCUUCUCCGCUUCUCCGCACAUCCAUCUCAGGAGGAAAAAAAAAGAUGGCGACUUCGCGGUUACAGAUGGAAGGAGAUGACUCUGUACUUCUCCACGUAACUCACUCCAACCUCAAGAGCUUCGCUGCCGAUGUUCGUUUCUCACCGCAAAUGAAUGUGGAAGCUGUGAAAGAAAAGUUAUGGAAAAAAUGUGGGACAUCUGUAAAUGCUAUGGCUUUAGAGCUUUAUGAUGAAAGUGGCUCCAAAGUUGGAGUGCUUAGUGAUGAUUCAAGACCUCUCGGUUUCUACUCUCCAUUUGAUGGGUUUCGGUUACACAUUAUUGAUCUUGACCCUUCCUCGGUCACAACUGGAGGUUGGCUUGAAGAUACGUCUUUGGUUGAGAAGUAUACUAUCUCAGAAGAGGACUAUGCUAAACGAACUGACAGUUAUAGGAAAUUUAAAGAGAAAAGAGCGUCUCAGAAUCCGGUUGCUGCUUCUGAGGUUAAGACGAAGGAGGACUUCAUGGAAGAUCUAUGUGCAAAUAUCAAGGUGGGAGAUAGAUGUCAAGUUGAGCCCGGGGAGAAAAGAGGAGAGGUCAAAUAUGUUGGACGAGCAGAGUCGUUGGGUCCUGGCUAUUGGGUUGGAAUCCAGUAUGAUGAACCCCUUGGCAAACACGAUGGCAUGGUGAAAGGAACAAGACUAUUUGAAUGCCCUCAGCUUCAUGGUGGUGUGGUCCGGCCAGACAAAGUAAAGGUUGGUGAUUAUCCCGAAAGAGACCCCUUCGAGGAAGAUGAAAUAUAAGCUUUUCAAACCAGCGAAAGGAGUUUGAAAGAUUUGCUUUGUAUUUGCUUUUUUUACCUCUUGUUUCGGAUUUUAAAAGAGUUUGUGAAAAUACUCAAUGCAAUAACACUUAUUAGUACUUAAACUUUGAUGAAGAAUAAUAACUACUAUUCUUAUAUCUCACAAGAAUUCAGGUUAUGAUAUACACAAUUAUCCAAGAGCAUGCAGUUGCAGAUAUCCAGUUUCUGCUGGUCCUCCUUAGUCUCUAUCUUUCACCAAAUUGUUGAUCAUCUUAGCAAGAGGAACAGUUCCCUUUGUCAUGAUCUCAAACCUUGAGGUAUUUGAAGCAUGCGAGAAAAGCGACAACCCAAAGACCAAUAACUCCGGAAGAAAUAACCUCGACGACAAGAAACCAUGCCAGUAACGCGGUUCCAAAUCAAAGAACGCAUCAAAGAACCUCCUAGUAGCAUCCAAAUCAAGCUUCAGCAAAAUAUCCAUCCCAAAACAAAAAAACUCCCUCUGUCUCCUCCUCUCAAUAGGCCACAAGUCUCUCCACACCUCAGCUGACAACUCAUCACCUUUCCUAUCCCCAAGAUACCUCACUAUAGCCUGUGCAACUAUAGGAGCAGCUGCAAGAGUCCUAGCUACCAUGUAACCAGUAGAAGGAUGAACCAUUCCCGCUGUACCACCAAUGCCAACAACACGUUGAGGCAAAACUGGUAAAGGACCGCCCAUAGGGAUCACACAACGCUCAUCUUCCUCAAUACGCUUCACGUUGAUCCCCAAAUGUUUCAGCCUAGCAACCAUUCUCUCUUGGAUAUCUUCCAUCCUCAGACCUGGCCUAGCAACAAGAGACGUCUCUUCAAGAAAGAUUCUGUUUGAAGAAAACGGCAUUGCGUACAAGAACGUAGGGAUCUUGCUGUUCCGUUCUUUAAGCUCAGGAUACGAGUCAAGAUGCUUAUCUCUCCAAUCCAUGAACACCAUCUUAUCCACAUCAAACGGGUGACCAUCAACUUCAGCAAUGAUCCCAUAAGCUACUUGAUACCCAGGGUUAUAAGGUUUGUCAUACUUCACCAAGCAUCUAGAAAAGCCAGUAGCAUCAAGAACAACAGAAGCUUGUAUCUUCACACCAUCACUGCAAACCACAGUGGAGUUCACCUCCUCAUGAACCACGUUAGUAACCUUAGCUUGAUGAAACUUAACACCAUUGGUAAUACACUUCUGAAGCAUCUUGGAUUUGAGCUGUUUACGGUUAACCCUCCCAUAAGGCCGGCUUAGAUCCUUCGUGGCGCCUUCAUUGAUAUAGACAACAGCACCGGACCAAGUGGUGUCAAGGCAAUCUAGUAAGUCCAUGGCUUCAAACUCAUCAACCCAAACUCCAUAGUUGUUAGGCCAAAUGAGUUUGGGAGAAGGAUCAAUGGAGCAAACAGAGAGUCCUGCCUCGGAGACCUGCUGAGCCACGGCUAAACCAGCAGGGCCACCACCGACAAUAGCUAAAUCAACAACUUUGUUCAGGGAAGUAUCGUAUAAAGGAAGCUCAAAGUCAAGAUUCUCCUUCUUGGUUUCAGGAACAAGAUCCAAAAGAGCACUACUAGUACUACUACUACUAACUUUGAUUCCCCUUUUCUUCACACCAAGCUUAACCUUUGAAGGGUUUGGUCCAUUUAAUCUCUCAAUUCCAUGAAACUGAGGGAUGAAAAAUUCAAGCUUGUUGGGUGUUCUCAAAAGAGUAUCCAUUGAAACAAAGAAAAAACUUAACUUUUAGAUAAUUCAAGAUCACCUACAUGAAACAAGAGGAAAGAUAAGAGUCUGAGAUCCCCUAGUUGAAAGAGAUUAAGAGAGAAUAAGAGAGUUGGUGAAAAGAAACACCACAGAGACUUACCCAGAAGCAUUAAGCUUCAUGGAGAUUGGAGAUGUAGACUAUUAUCUUCUUACAGAGAGAGAGAGAUGAGAGAGUUUGUGUCUG